CCAGACGCGGAAGCGCGAAAGUCAAAAAUGGAAGACGGGGAUCCAGAAAUAUGUAGCGAUGGGGCGGAUGCUGCCAGCUGUAUAACAACCGACUCAAGUGAAAACAGACCUGAUCCACUGCCAGAAGGUCGUCACAUGAUUCACUUACGUCAGGCACUGGAGAAGACUGUAAAAAAAUGUCUGUCUUCAGUUAGGUAUUCCUCAUUCAAGGAACAUUUCCAGCCUCUUUAUGAGCACAACUCUAAAGCUCUGAGGGGCAUCCGGGAUCAGAUGGUUCAACAGCUGGAUUCAAACAUCUUUGAUGAAAUCUCAAACAUGUUUGAGGAGGAGAAUAUUCUGCCUCUGAUGAAUGGCCUGGAUGACCUGAAAGAAUACCCAGAAAAAGCAUGGAGACCAAGUGGAGAUCCAAAUGUUGAUGUACGUGCCCAUGUCGUGCCUGGGCACAUAAAGCACCGGGAGCAGCUGGCGGCCAUGUUGAAGGAGCUGGAGUCCAGGAACCGGAUGUUGCAGGAGACAGUCAGGGCACGCCAGGAGAAACUGUAUUCUACACGUGAACAAGUGGAGCAGAUGUGUGGCGUGUGGCAGAAGUCUGAGGAAGCACUAUCUACUGAGACUAUUGAAGCCCUGGAGGAAUUUGUGAGGAUAUAUUCCUGAGAGCAGUGGCCUUGUUUUGAUAUAUCUUCAUCAAUAAGUGAUCAUCACUUCCUGGACCAAGAUGAACUAUUAAAAACAACACAGUUGGGAUGAAUAUCACUAGUGUUAUGUCUAAUCGACUUUUGGUUGAACAUAAUGACAUUUCAUGGUCGGAGUUGCUUCCCUUACUUGCCAGGAUGUUAAUAUAUAUAUAUUUGUUUCGAAACCAUUAAUGGCUUGAAGAAUAAUGAAUAACACUUGACACAUAUUUUAUAAAGUGAUGUGAGUUAUUGGACAAGAUAAGAAGACAAAAUGGUAAUGGGUCAAGUCAUGUUUCUUAAUAAUAUUAGUAAAAUAUAGGCAUUAACCCAGUAUUUAUGAAAUACCUGAUCAGCUAUAUACAAAUAUAACUGACACAGUGCUACAUGUGGUGUCAAGGUCAACUGUUUCUGUGGAGAAUAGGUCUGUUUCAGCUCCGCUCUGUUGGCUCUCAAUGAGGAUGUUUGCUUUUGUGUUUUCAAACAUAAAUACGUCCUAAAUUCC